AUGUGCUUCGGCAGCAGCAAGGACGCUUCGGCCGACCUGGCCCCCAAGCCGGCCCAGGUGCCGCUCCCGCCGCUGCGGCCCCAGUCGAGCCGUGUGCCGUCUCCGAAACCUCGACUACAGGACUACGCGCCUCCGCCCGGCCCGCCGCCUGCUCACCACCCCCAGCAGGAGGACUACGCGCCACCGCCAGGUCCGCCGCCAUCGCAGGCGCUGCCGCAGGAGUAUGCACCUCCACCUGGCCCGCCACCGUCCCACUCUCAUCGCCAGCCUUUCGGUGCGGACGACUCCCAGGACUACGCCCCACCUCCGGGGCCGCCCCCCGUGCGGUCCCAGGGCGACUACGCGCCCCCGCCGGGACCACCGCCGGCGUCUUCGGUGAGUAAUAACCCUUUCUUCACCAACCCGGCGCCGUCCGCAGCCGUCGACGGCUACACCCCUCCACCGGGCCCACCGCCAGCGGCGGCGAACAGCAACACCUACCCCAAUAACCCGUUCUUGGGUAGCAGCAAUCCCGGGCCGCUGGCGGGGACCAACGACUACGCACCUCCACCAGGGCCUCCGCCGUCGGCGAAGCCGCAGCACGACUGGCAGGCGGCGGUUCCAGAUACGGCGCUGCUGCCGCCACCGCCGGACUUCUUCGCCGGGUUCGACCGGUCGCCGGCGCAGAACGCGACGGAGGAGGAGUGUGAAGAGGGAGAGCGGUGGUGCGCGACACGCCCGCCAUACGGGCCACUGCCGUUAGAGCACCUGCUGGGACACGAAGGCGGGGCGGUGACGGUGCUUGAGGCCGCGCGCACCGGAAACGUGGCGCUGCACGCGCCGCCCUUCUUCGGCGGCUCGCUCGCACGGACGGACGUCGGCGUCUGGCGCGUCGAUGUGAGUAAGCGGGCCGCGAACGACGCCGGGGACACGUGUCUGGCGACGUAUCCGCCGCUCUACCUCGCCGCGGCGCAUAGCCCGCUCGCGCCUCCCGGCAUCGACGAAAAGGCGCGGACGAAGAAGACGAUAUACUACGAGGUGCGGGUGCUCGACGGCGAAGACGAGGUCGCGCUCGCGCUCGGCUUCGUGGCGCCGCCGUACCCGUCCUUCCGGCUGCCCGGGUGGCACCGCGCGAGCCUGGGCGUGCACGGCGACGACGGGCACCGGUUCGUGAACGACCGGUGGGGCGGCAAGGCGUUCACGGGGCCGUUCCGGCGCGGGGAGACGCUCGGGCUCGGGAUGGAGUUCUCGCGGGCGGGCGGGGCGGGGGGCGCGGACAUACGCGUGCAGGUGUUCCUGACGCGCGACGGCGCCGAGCGCGGCCGCUGGGACCUGCGCGAGGAGACGGACCGCGAGCGCGACCUGCCGACCACGGGGCUCGAGGGCUACCACGACGUGUGCGCCGCCGUCGGGGUCUACGGCCCCGGGCGGUACGAGGUCGUGUUCGCACCGGAGAGGUGGACGUGGAGGGGGCUAAGCGAGUGAGAAAGAC